GGGUUCUUUCCCUCCCAAGUCUCACCAUAUUUUGCCUAGCUUUCUGUCAUCCCCACUCCUCGUUUUUCCUUUGCAUUAGAAGACAUAAGCUCAGCCUUGUUUCAACUUUCUUGAGUGUUAAUUUGUAUGGCAUCUAGCUCAAUGUCUUCACGUGGAUCAGGUUCAUGGACUGACAAGCAGAACAAGGCCUUCGAAAAGGCGCUCGCUGUGUUUGACAAGGACACCCCUGACCGCUGGCACAAUGUCGCAAAGGCCGUUCCUGGGAAAACGGCACAGGAAGUGGAGAGGCAUUUUCAACUCCUUGUGGAGGAUAUCAACAGCAUCGAGAGUGGUCGAGUUCCUUUCCCUAAAUACAGGACUACUAAAGGGGCAUAA